UCGAGCCAAUGAGAUAAUUCCCUUUUAGAAGAAAGCGGGACCAGUUCUCGGGGAUUAGGGGGGAGAGAGAGAGAGAGAGAGGUUCGCCCUCGUGGAGAGGUGGGUGCUCGUGCGCUGAGUGUUGCUAAGGGAAUGGGGAGUUUCUCUCUGGAUUCUUUCCCCCUCCCCCGCCCAGGAGUCACGUGGACGAUGGAGGACAUGCAGAAUCUCUUCCUUCCGGGUCAGCCCCGGAGUUGCGACGAACUCCGCGUGUCUGCCUCACCGCGCUGCAGCUGCUUCUGGCCAACUCCUCGGGAGCCUUUUUUUCUGGCUCCCCUCACUCCCUAACUUCCCAGUCCCAUUCCUCCUUCCUUCUCCAGCCUCCCUGGAGGCGGCAGCUUCCGAGAUGAGCUCCCAGAGGGGGAACGUGGCCCGUACCAGACCCCAGAGGCACCAGAACGCGUUUAGCUUCAAAAAUGACAAGUUCGAUACCAGUGUUCAGACGAAGAGAAUAAAUGCAAAGCUUCACGAUGGAGUGUGUCAGCAUUGUAAAGAAGUUCUGGAGUGGCGAGUAAAAUACAGCAAGUACAAACCACUAUCAAAACCCAAAAAAUGUGUUAAAUGUUUACAAAAGACAGUGAAGGAUUCUUAUCACAUAAUUUGUAAACCAUGUGCUUGUGAACUUGAAGUUUGUGCUAAAUGUGGAAAGAAAGAAGAAAUUGUUAUUCCGAUCAGUAGUAACAAACUAGAGAAGACAGCAGACGUUGAAAGUGACGAGAUAUCUCACUGCAGGAGAAGAAACAGAAGAUUUGAAGAGGAACAAAGUGAUGACGAAUUAGAUUUUGACCUUGACUUAAAUGAAUCAGAAGAUGAGGAACAAAGUAAUCACAGCAGCUAUACCAAAAACAAAUCUCCAAGUGCAAAAAUCUAACCAACUUGAAGAUCUUGUACAAAGGCCUGUGAAAUUAUAUACAGGACAGUGGAAUGCUCCCUGACUUGGAAUUAGGGGUUGCCAGGUUCUAGUUUUGCCUCUGUUAUUAACCAGUUAUGUAACCAUGGUCAAAUCACUUGCUUUCUUGGAGUCAUUUUUUUCCUCUGUAAAAUGGCAUCAGUAAAUGACCUGAAAAGACUGUUUCCAGAUCUAGUUUUCUGUCAUUGGGAUUUCAUUAAAAACAGAUUCCAUUCUUAAAUUUCUCUUGGAACAAUAAAAAUGAACUCUUUUUUUUUUUUAAUUCAACAUACUGCUUCUUUAAUUUUGAUGCUUCCAUUUUGAGUUUUCUCAUGGAAUGUCUCUUAAGAUUUUAAAUGUUGAGUAAUUUCUUUAGUAUUAUUAUUUAGAAACCUACAUGAUCAGAAGUCAUAAGCCUGAACAAUAUUCAGGAUUAAUGGAAUAUUUUAAUCUCUGAUGUGAAGGGAUCUCAUUAGGGUGUGGUACUUCAACAAAUAUUAAUUAGUUGAUAUUAAGUAGAUAAUUCACGUUAAAAAGUCAUAAUCUCGUAUUUUUCCUUUAUUGUAGAAAUAGAAUGUUGUAGUAGAAAAAACACUGGAUGUGAGGUUAGGAGAUAAUGAAGUUCAAGUCCCAUAAUUCUUACUAGUUGACAAGUUAAACUCUUUGGGCCUUAGGUUCCUUGUCUGUAUAAUGGGAGUAAAAAUACCUUCUCUGUAGAGUUAAUAUAAAUAAAUCACUUUGUAAACCUUAAAGAACUAUGUGACUUAUCACAAGUCAUUCAUAAAAAUUAUGUAAGAUUCUUCUUAUUAAUAAGAAUAAUAAUGAUAACUCCAAUUUAUGCUCCUUGUUCUUCCCCUUGACUUAAUUCGUAUUUUACAUGAAAGAAGUGAUUGUUAUAUUGUGAAAAGUUAGAAGAUGUCAUCUCUUAAGUAUCACUCAGUUCUAUUACCCAAGAGGUCUUAGACAUGAACAUAUUUAUGAUACAUAUGUUCGUUAUACUUAAGCCCUUUCAUAUACAUUAUCUUGUGUCAUCCAUAUAAUAGUACUUUAAGGCAAGGAGGGCAAGUAAUAAGUAAUAAGCUAAAGUUCUGGCUCUGGUUCUUCUACUUGCUAGUCAUUAGAUGCUAGUUAACUUAAUCUCUCUGAUCCUCAGUUUCCUGUGGAGCAAGUUAGUAAGAGCUGUUUUACUUAGAGUCAUAAGCACCAUAGAGUUCAUCUAAUCUCAUUCCCUCAUUUGCAGAUGGGCACAGGAAUUGGCUCUUGUUGCAUGAGUGUAAUAGCGGCAGAAAAAUUCUUCUGAAUUCUUCCAGGCCAAUAUUCUUUCCACUAUAUCUACCUUACAGAGUAGCUGUGAAUAUAAAAUUAUUUAAUAAACAUGAAAAUUAUAAAUUACUUUCUAGAAACAAGUUUGGGGAGCAAUAGGCCCAGCAUUUUAAGUGGGACAGUAAUACUCAUUCUUCUCAACUCCCCUCUAGUCAGUUAUAAAUGUGUUUUAAUAUAACUAUAUCUCUAAUUCAAAACAUAUGCAGGAUAUAAUCCAGUUUAUGCAAUGUCUUUGCUUUUUUGCAUAUUGUUAUCAUUAUUAUUGUUGUUGUUGUUGUUAUUAUUAUUAUUAUUAAGAAUGGUGCCUGCUAACACAGAUUACUCGACUGGAGGGAAGUUUGAUAAAGAGCAUCACCUAGUGGCAUGUUCUUGUAAUUGUGGUUCUUUAGUUCCACACCACAAAAUAUUAUCAAAAAUAGCCUAGAAUUCAUUUAUGUUAUUUAGUUCAGUUGUGUUUGUAUGGGAAUUGUUUCCCUGACCUAAAACCAUUUUCUAGAGUGUGAAUCACUAUGUAGAAAUGAAACAGGCUUUUUAUUUUCUUUUUACUGUGAUGUCUAAGCAUUUUUUGGUAGCUUAAUAUGUGCCCAUAUAUGAAGACUAUGUACUGUACAUCCUGAAACCUUAUCAUUUUUAAUAGUGCCUAGUAUAUCAUGGCUAAAAAUAAUUAGUACAAAAUAUUUUGGUUUAUAAAUAGCCGAGAUUUAAAGUUAUGUACUCACUUGCCUAUGUUACUCAGGACUGGUUUCAAAACAUUUCCAAAGAAAAAAGCAUAAAAAUAUGAUGGAUGAAAGAAAUGGCGUCAGUUCAACAAAUUUUAUUAAAUGUAAGCUAAGUUCAGUGCAUUAUGCUCAGGUAUUUUUUUUUUUAAUCCAUAAGUUUUAUAUAGCU